AUGGCCGGCCGGGAAAGCAGCAACUGGCUCUCAUUCUCUCUAUCAUCUAUGGAAAUGUUGAACUCGUCUUCUUCUUCUUCAUCUUCUUCUGCUUCUACACAGCAGCCUGUUGAUUCCCACCAUUAUUACUCCUUUUCCGACAGCUUUUAUACAGCAGCUGUAGGGUGGCCGAGCCAGAAAGCUCAACCCAUGUACCCACAGCCCCAAAAUCACGAGAUGAAGUCCGCCUACGGUAUGCAGCCGCCGCCCAAACUCGAGGAUUUCUUCGCCGCCGCGGCCACCGCCGGGGACUCGACGGAGACCCAAGACUCGUCCCUGACCCACAUGUACGACCACCGCCACCAGGCACCCGCCGCAGCCUACUUCCUUGGCGGCGAGCCACAACAGGACCUGAAGGCCGUCGUGGGUUUCCCCACCUUCUCCGCCAACUCGGGCUCGGAGGUGGACGACUCGGCUUUCGGCGGCCAGAAUCGGUCACCGGUUGACUCGGCCGCCGAUUUGGUGGCGUACUCGCAGUGCCUUACGGCCACAGCCAACGGUCUGUCCUUGGGAAACAACAACAUCAGCAAUAAUAUUUACGAUAAUCGUCAGGCCAUUGUUGUUGCUGAGUCAGAGAGCUGCAAGAAAACCGGCGACUCGUUUGGUCAAAGGACUUCCAUUUACAGAGGCGUCACUAGACACAGAUGGACGGGAAGAUAUGAAGCGCAUCUAUGGGACAACAGCUGUAGAAGAGAGGGCCAAGCAAGAAAAGGGCGUCAAGGAGGGUAUGACAAGGAAGAAAAGGCGGCUCGUGCAUAUGAUUUGGCUGCUCUUAAGUACUGGGGUCCUAGUGCUACCACUAAUUUCCCUGUUGCUGAUUAUGCAAAGGAGAUGGAGGAGAUGAAGGACGCCACUCGACAGGAGUUCAUUGCCUCACUCAGAAGGAAAAGUAGUGGUUUCUCAAGGGGAGCUUCAAUUUACCGGGGCGUUACAAGGCAUCACCAACAAGGGCGUUGGCAGGCAAGGAUCGGACGUGUAGCAGGGAACAAAGAUCUAUAUCUUGGCACAUUUGCAACCGAGGAGGAAGCAGCCGAGGCGUACGACAUAGCAGCCAUAAAGUUCCGGGGCACAAAUGCCGUCACGAAUUUCGAGAUGAGCCGUUAUGACGUUGAGGCCAUCGCCAACAGCCCUCUCCCCGUCGGAGGCUCCGCCAAACGCCUGAAACUAUCUCUCGAAGGCGACCAGAAAAACAUUUCGCCGCCACCUGGCGCCUCCCUUGAGGUCGCCUCCCCCGGAAUCCAGCCGCUGCCGCCUUCUGCUGUCCCGCUGGACGGCAGCUCAGCCCCUUACUAUCACCACAGCUUCCUACACCACCUCUACAGCCAGACGGCUGCAGCCAGCUCAGCUGGAGUGGGGGCUCCGGCGAGUUUCGUGCCGUUGCCGGGCGAGUUUUUCAUCUGGCCUCACCAGUCUUAUUAA